AUGCAUGACAAACAUGGCGGACAAUAACACAUCAACUCCCACGGGGAAAAUUCCACCUCAUAUUGAGAGUUAUUUGACUGCAAAACGUUCUUGCUCAUUUUUCAAGAUCAAGCCCCGGAAGUAUUUUUGUGUGCUCUAUGGCAACCUUAUACAAUGCUUUGGUAAUGAAAAGUCAUACACUGAAAAACGAGAGAAUGUSAAGGCACAGAUUGACUUGGAACUGGUUCGCAGUAUAUCAGAGACAGUUUCCUUGCCAGCAUCAAGACAAAAACAGGAAUACUGCUUCAAAUUGGUUUUUUACGAUGAUAAUGAAGUGGACUUUAUAGCUCAGAGUAAGCAGGAUGUGAAAAAUUGGGUUGAUUGUUUGAAGCAAACUAAAGAAUUCUGGGAAAACUGGGAGCAAAACGAACAGUUUGAAAUUGUAAAUAAAGACGAAUGCAAUGUUAAUGGUAUAGAGACUAAUCAAGAGUCAUGUGUGAAAGUUCCUAAUGAAGAAAAAGAUCCUGACUUAAUCAAAAUAUCGAUCAUUAUGUCUCAUGGCCAGCCUUUCACAGCAUAUCUACCACCGGACGGCAACCUUGAUGAUCUCUGGACAGCUGUACUUAAAUCGCUGCCUGGUCAUUUUUGUUUUAAGUGUAAUAUUUGUCAGUUACGUGGUAGAACAAUGGAGCUGUGGUCUGUUACAAAUGAUGGUGCGGCUUACAAAAUUGAAAAACAUUUUAAUGCGUCUGAAUACUGUACGACAGCGUCAAACCCUAUCUAUUUAUUGGAACAUAAUUUUAAGCUUCUGGUUGUCUUCUUUGAAGAUUCUUCGUUUCUCGUCUCACCUGCUGAUAUUUCUACUAAAGCAAGAGAUAUUCCAGAUAUUGAGUUGUUUUCAAGGAAACUGUCUGAAAUAGAAUGCAGUAAUGUGCAACUGUACCUGAAAACCUCAUCAGGAAYAGCUACGCCAUUCUCGCAGGAAGAUGCACCAUUAAGAACGUUAUGGGAAAAACAUGGUGAUAAAUGGUCCCUUAAACAUCGUGAAGGAGAGAAAUUUCUUCUUAAAAGUAAAGCAAUUUUAAGGACUAGUAAUGCAAAGAACAUUGCAGAAAAGAUUCAACAGAGCAAGUUAAAAACGAAGAUCUGCGAAAGAAAGCAAAGAGAAGUAUUAAAGAAAAUCGAAAUCCAUGGCUGCAAACCCAAGAUGAGAAAAAUCCUCGAUCCUCUAAGGGUACCCGCUUCUAGAGCUCCUCCUUUUGAACCCAGCCUUAYAUCUAGUAUCGAUAUGAAUGAGGAUCAUUUUAGCAGUGAGCCAAGGUCAAAGACUAAGGCCAAACACCAAAUACGGCCUUGUACUUUUCCUCCAUCACCAGAAAAGAAAGGACCAGGUCAAUUGAAUGCUCCCUUUUGCCCGCCCGACAACUUAGAUUUUACCUCUAAUACAUCUAAACCUAAUGGUAAAGUUAUGUAUGGUAGUAACGAGAUCAUAGUGAAGCGACAAAGAAGCUUGACGGAGGUAACGCAUUGUCCGCGUGACCGCCUGAAUUUUACUACUGCUCUAUCUAAAUCUAACGACGAGGAGACGUAUGAUAAUCAUGAGGUCGCGGCGAGACGACAAAGAARCGUGACGGAUGUAACACCACAUAGAACCGGAAGUAACAAUGAGAGAUAUUUAAGUCAUACCGGUUCUAUCAGUAGGAAAGGUGCAGUUAGACGAAAAUCAUCACGCGAUUCUCUAGAUAGUUUAACAAACAGCGACAAAAGCGAUGAACUUAGUUCUGAAAAAACAAAUGUUAACGAUCCAACACAUGGUUUGCCAUGUGAAAGCGAUCAAGAAAAUUUGACUCAUAACAAUACCGCUGACUUAGAUUCCCCGCAGGCGCAAAGUGUUCCGGAAGUGACGUCAUCUAAAAGUAAGGAUGGGCCAACAAGUGGAGGACGGUCAGAUAUUUGUGAUCAGGAUGAUAAGACAAWUGUUACAGAUCAGACCUGCGCCGGAAGCAUAUCUGAUCAACAAGAUGGAAGACAGCUGGAAGACACAAACAUGGUUUCGUAUUCAGGUAUCACUUCUAACGAAAAACCAGAAGCUGAUCUCGACAUUGAGAAAGAUUUUCACAGUGACUCGGGAAUCGAUUCGUUUGACGGUUCUAUCAGAAAUGACGUUGGUCAAUCGGAGUGUGAUAAUGGAAGARAAGAGCACCUUCAUUCGUGUGACUACUAUGAUGUCAAGUCUACUUACCACUUGAAGAAUAUUCUGCUUCAGUAUUCUAGACUAUGUGCCGAUGAAGAAGAGGUCGGCGUUGAACACCCACCUCAAGGUAUCUGCCUAUCGUCAUAUCAUCUCUUACACGUUGAAGGACGCUGGGUGGUAGAGAAUGAUGUGGAAAUAGAUGAAGAGAGCGACGAGAGUUCCRAGUACGAUGACUGUGAAGUAUUCAAACUUCCAGGGGAUAUCAAGGUGUUAUAUAACCGUAGCAAACGAAAAUGGGUGGUACAAAGAAUGAAAGUAUCCGAACAAGUAGAAGAUGAGGUUUCACUCGAGCCUUCAAGUGAACAAUUAACCAGUAGCGAUGCUUCAAGUGAAUACCCAGCCAAUGAGAAUCCUUCUUCUAUGGAGGAAAAGGAGGAGGAUUUCCGUACCUCGACGUGGGAAAGCAAUUACCAUCCGCUAACAAUCAAUCACUGUGGUCAACACUUUAGACCCUUAGACGAUUCGUACGAGCCUGAUGAUGAACAGCCAACUACAUCUCAGGAUUAUACCGAGAUUGGGAUUCUUGAAGACGCUAUUCGAAAAUUGUUUUACCAUAUGGAGAAAAAUCGAGAUCUUACUGCUUCCGAGUGCUUGAAUGACAAGAAAUAUCCUGAUCUACGGAGACUAGUUUGUGUCGAGCUUUGUUCUGCUUUGCACAAUAUUGUUAGUAACGGUCUCAAGAAGAAAUUCACUCUAUUGAGUGCAAUAAGGUAUAGUGUGUGGGAGGUUGUUAAAGGKACUUGUACGAAUGAAGUUACUGGUGCCAUAGUUAAGAAGAUCAACAGUGUUGGUGCUCUAGACGAUAAAACUCGCUUUGAACUGUUUGUUUGUGAAUGUUUGAACCAAAACGCUGGCGCUCUGGCUUUAUGGGUGGAGGCUUUACAGAGUAACAAGAAAAAAAUGAACACUUACUACGAUGAGAAAGCACUAGUGAUGAAGCUGCCGAAAGAUACUCUGGAGAAGUUGGUAUCGAGGAUARCCUUCCUUCCCUUCAGUAUAAGCUAUUAUCAGCAUGUACAGAAGAAGUUGAAGGAAGCCAGUGAUGUGACACAGUUUGCUUUCGAAUAAUAAUGAUCAUCAUCCUCAUCGUCACCAUCAUCCUCAUCGUCAUCACCAUCAUCAUCAUCAUCAUCAUCACUAUCAUCAUCAUCACCAUCAUCAUCAUCUUAGAGGAUCAAGGGUGGACAGAGGUGAUAUUCAUGGUUCCGACUCCCCUUAGUUACCGUUGCUAUGUCCCACAAGCUCAACAAUUUAUCCAGGAUAUCUCGGAAUUAAAGACUCURGUAACGGAAAAUYGAUCAUAAAUUGUUUCAACAGUUUACGGCCCUGAGAAAAGGAUAGAAAAUUGCCUCGUAGUCCUUGUAGUACUCUUUAAAACAGAUACUGUGUAUUUGUUUGUGGGACAAGAUUCUAAUUCCACUAGAAAAACUGCUGCAGCGGGCAACGGUUYGCUGUUAACUCAGUCGAACUUUUGAAUUGCGCUCGAUACCUGAAAAUGUGUAAUGAAAAGAAAGAAAAGAAAAGAAAAAUGAGAAUUAUGAAAUGGAAAAACGAAAAGGAAUAAAUAGAAAAAAAGAAGGAUCUAAAAGAAAGGAAAGGAAAUACGGAGAGAUUUUUGAUCGUUUUUUUUUUUUAACGAACACAUCAGACAGUAGAUUACUUAUGUAUAUGGACCAACGCUUCUCUCCAAAGACAAAUAGACACACACAAAAAAUAUAAUAUAUAAAUCAUAUAUAGUAUAUAUGAAAGAAAUAAAAUAAACCCUAA